AUGGAGCAAAAGAAGAUCAAGGGCGGGAGGACAAACAAGAGAAUAAUAGCAAGGGUCUCGAUAACAUGCUGCCACAUCCUCAUAUUUCUGGGGUCAUCCGGGUUCGUUCGUGGCCGACGGCCUGCAUGGCCGGAAGGGAAGAACGCUGAUAGGAACAAUUCCGAGACUGGGCACGAGGCGGGACAGAGGAAACGGGUUCCCCAGAAGAAGCCUGGCCUGCUUCCUGGCCCUAUAUUUGCCUGGAGCGAUGGCCACCCUGGCUCUUGCGUGUCGAGCGAUGACGAGCACGGGAAACGUCAGGCUGCCGUGGCGGCCGCCAUUCUUGGCGCAGACCCGAGAGCGCCAUAUCAGAAGACGAGCUCGGGCACACGGCGCAUUCUGCAGCCCCGGGAUGCCACCUUGCACCUCUGUACCUUAGAUAUAGCGCGAGUCUGUCACCUGAGCAGAAGAAGCAGGGUUUGCACCCCUGUCAGGCUGAUCAAGGCGUCUGUCGUUCAAGGGUGA